CUUCUCUUCCUCUUUGGUCUCCUCCAUCCCAGCCUUGGUCAUGGCUUCAGCAGCUCUGGAGCUGAUGGGCUUCUUCUUGGGUCUGCUGGGGAUGAUUGGUACUCUGGUCUCAACAGUGCUUCCUUACUGGCAGAUUUCAGCUCACAUCGGCUCCAACAUUGUCACGGCCGUCGCUAACAUGAGAGGCCUGUGGAUGGAGUGUGUCUACCAGAGCACGGGGGCGUUUCAGUGCGAGACCUACAACUCCAUGCUGGCCCUGCCUGCCGACCUGCAGGCCUCCCGUGCCCUCAUGGUCAUCUCUCUGGUGUUGUCCAUCCUCGCCAUUGCGAUAUCGGUGCUGGGGAUGCAGUGCACUCUCUGCCUGGAGGGCACAGGUGCAGUUAAAAGUCGUGUGGCAGGAACUGGAGGGGGGUUAUUCCUCGCUGCUGGCUUCCUAGCGCUCAUUCCAGUGUCGUGGACCACUCAUGAGGUGGUGCAGACCUUCUAUCGACCAAAUUUACCGGCCAGCAUGAAGUUUGAGCUGGGGGAGUGUCUGUACGUCGGUCUGGCCUCUUCUCUCAUCUCCAUGCUGGGAGGAGGGAUGCUGUGUGUGUCAUGCUGCGAUGAACAGGAAGGUGGUCGAGCAAGACGUCACGGUGGAGGGUAUCCUUAUCCGGUACCAGGUGGCCUACCUGGCCCAGGGAUGCGGACAACUUCACAGACCUACCGCAACCCCACCCUGCAAGUAGGGGGUAUCAACCCAGCCAGCAGGGGGCCCACCUUGGUCCGCAGUAACACUGGAAGCUCACAGUCAAGUGCCCAUGCAGUACAAGGAGCCAAGAAGCCCGCAGUGGCAGGAUAUGACAUCACAGGAUAUGUCUGAAGUUUACGUCACUCUGUCAAAGUGUUGGCACUUAAUGCUUAAUGGAGCAACGAGAACAGGACACAGAAAUCUAAGACGAAUCAAGUCUAUCACAAGAAUCUGGCUAUUUGUGAUGAUGUGUUUGUGGCCUUUCUGCAUCCUGUGGAGGAUCCAUUCCUAAACUUCCUGAAGGAUUCAUUGGACAGUUUGACGACCACAACUUGAACAGACUAGUACAAACUACUUUACAUAUUGUCUCUGUUGAUGAUCUGAUGAUGAUGUUGACCAUGUCACACUUCCAAUACCUCGAUAGGAACUCUCAUAGAGGUCACA